UACUUUCAGUAGUGCCUCACGCAGAUUCCUUUCUUGUUCAUAGCAGCAGGAUUCAACGAACAGAUUCGUUAAUUGUUCAUACUGAUUGAGCUCAUCCCUGCAGAUGAACAAUUGUUCAGGUCAAUCUACAACGCCAAGGCUGUGAUCGUUCUCUUUCGAGGUAUCGACACUCCAUCGCCAUCCCCUUCUCCUUGACCCUUGAUACAUCGAAGUCGUCAAUCAUGUCCAGUCCAAUCAUAGCGAGCGACUUUUUCGACGACUACGAUCCCGCACCAGCUCAAUGCCCGGACUAUGAAGGCACAUCGCUCGAAGAGCUUACCCCAAAAACUGUGGAUACGCUCACCCGGCUCGUAGACUUCGCGAAUGUUGAAUUACUGACUACGCGCUACUAUCGGCUGCUCCGAGCCAAUAAGCCUGAUCAGUAUAAGACGGACACGGAGGGGGACAUUUUUUGUCAAUUGCACCACGACGUCUGGGAGAGCUGGCUGGAGUCCGAACAACAAGAGUUGCUCAAGGACACACACCCGCAGGUUACCGAUCGCUGGCGCUACUUUGUUGAGAGGGAGUUGGGUCUUUCCGAAUUCAAGAAUUGGAAACGAUACCUAACUUUACUAUCCAACGACACAUGGCGCGCGUGCGCAGCGGACUGGACAUCCUACGACAUGGGCCGUGCGACGUUCAAGGUCCACCAGUUCACCGACGCCGCCAGUCUUUUCUUGGACGAGUUUUUUGUGCCACUCUUCACCAACACUCUCCGCAAGCUGGACAAAUCUCUUGGGGCUUGGUCGAAGCGCAUUCUUGCCGAUGACCUAAAGCUCUUAACCCAGCUGAAGGAACCAUAUCAUAACCUCGACACUCUCCGUGAGCUCGCUUUCCCCCUCCAAGAAGACGAUCCUAAGUCUAAGUUUGGUACCAACAAGGCUUGGUUCAUCGGGUCAGCCGAGUAUACCACGUGAGUCAGGACGCACAAUUGUUCUACAUACUAUUCUUAACCUCUCUCCUAGUUCUAUUGGCGUGUACCACGUCAAGCUUGGAAAAAAGCCUCUUACCAAGUACACCUUCCGUCGUC